AUGACUCAGCGUUAUUACCUGCUUAAUGGUUAUAAUGAUGUCAAUCUCAGGCAUACCUACAUUGCCUCCCUGCCAGAAGCAUUGCAACAAGAACUCCACAGAAGCAUUGCUGCUACCAGAAGAGCAAUGAAUGCUAUCACUAUCGGAGAAAUCCAUCAAAUGACUUUGGCCUGUCUAGACAAGAUGUGUGAACAACAGAAGCUGUUCAAAGACAUCAUUGACAAUAGCAAAGCUCUGAAAAAUGUUUUUCAGAAGUCCCACCUUGCUAUUAAAUGCAAGGAGAAGAACUGUGAAUGCAGACAAGAAAAAAAGGGACACUAUAAGAAAUACUCCUCUAGAUUCAAACCCCCCGAUAAGCAGAAGAAGGGGAGAAGGACAGUCAGAUAUUUUCGAAGGAAAAGAACGGGUACACAGAAGUCUGAUCGUUGUUACGUCUGUGGAAAUCGUGGUCACUAUGCUAAGAACUGCCCUAAGAAUCCUAAUAAGGCAGUUAAGCUUUUGCAACACAUUCAACAAGCAUCUCAUGUCUCUCUGGAAAAUGAUGAUGUUGAAUCCCUUUUCUCUGAGCAAGAAGAACCAGAUGAAGAUACAGUAUUUGCCCUUGGAGCGGACACUGGUUCAGAGCAAGACCACUCUUUCUCAUCAGGAGAAUCAAGCUCAAACACUGAAGCCCAUUACCCGUCUUACCUAGCCCAACAUAUCCAAUCCUCCGAACCAAUUUAUGGCCCAGACACUAUUCUAAUUCCUCUAGUCCCGCUCCAUAUUCUUCCCAGUAAAUAUGAGCGGCCCAUUAGUGUCAUUGGCUUCUUGGAUACCGAGGCUCACAAAAGUAUGAUGAACCUGGCCAUUUUGCCUUCAGAAGUCAUCGGGUCGGAUCUUCCUGAUAAGGAUUUGCUAAUAGGCUUUGACUUGUAUCAACAAGCAAAACAUUUAAAGAUCCUACCCACAGGAUUGAAAUAUAAAAGGAACUUUCAGCCAUUCACCUCUGUCCCGCGGCUAUAUUCCUUAGCUGAUGCCUCAGCUGAGUUUCAAGAGCACAAGGAGCUCCUCUUAAGAUCCUGUGUUGAUUCCCAUGCACAUUUUCAUCAUCGCCACCCCCUGUGGCAGAAUCCGGAUUUCUUUGUCAAUCUUCCGUUCAAACUUAAUGAGGAUAUCAACCCGAUGAAGGCCUUUUAUGUUGAGAAAAGGUCUGAAAGACUAAGGGGAAAGAAACGGCUUGUCAUUGAUUACAAGCCCCUCAACCACUUCCUUCAAGAUGACAAAUUCCCAUUACCAAAACCAGAAGCCUUGUUCACUCAACUUCAUGAGGCCCAUGUCUUCUCCAAGUUUGAUCUAAAAGCUGGAUUUUGGCAAUUGGGUAUUAACCCUGCCAAUAGGCUCAAGACUGCUUUCUGUAUUCCUACGGCCCAAUAUCAGUGGACAGUCCUUCCAUUCGGCCUUAAGACGGCCCCAUCAGUUUUCCAAAAGGCCAUGACAAGAAUAUUCGAGCCCUUCCUCCACAGUGCUCUCAUUUACAUAGACGAUAUCCUUCUUUUCUCUAAAGAUGUUACGGCCCAUAGGACACUUCUCUUAACUUUUCAACAAUUGGUGGACUCCUAUGGAAUUAUGCUUUCAGAAAAGAAGAGUUCAUUGGCCCAAACUGACAUCGACUUCCUUGGAAUGAAGCUCAAGGAUGGAAAAUACCAACCGGGACCCCACAUUGCAGAAGAAUUACUGAAGUUCCCUGACAAGAACUUGAUAGUAAAACAAAUACAGCAGUUCCUUGGUAUUAUCAAUUACAUAAGGAAGUUUAUCCCGCAUGUGGCUACCCACACCUGUCAGCUGUCAAAGAUGCUUAAGAAGAAUGCUCCACCAUGGAAAGAAGAACAAACCCAUGCAGUAAAAGCAUUAAAAGAAGUGGCUCUAAAUCCGCCACCUCUGAAGAUUCCCAGCAUCGGGCAUCGAGUCCUUCAGACUGAUGCAAGUGACACCCACUGGGGUAUAGUCCUCAUCGAAGAGAUACAAGGGGAAAAGCAUAUCUGCGAACAUGCUAGUGGAGAAUUUCCUGAGCCUCAAAAACAUUAUCAUUCGGUCUACAAAGAGAUAUUAGCUGUAAAAAAUGGGAUAAAGAGAUUCGAAUUCCAUCUUAUUGGUCACCACUUUACUGUGGUUAUGGACAGCUCAUCCUUCCCAAAGGUCCUAGACUUCAAAAACAAGUCUCUUCCUGAACCACAAUUACUGAGGCUAAAGUACUAG